AGCUGGCCCGAGCUGUGUCCGGAGCUGUGUCCGAGCUGUGCCCGCUCCGUGCCCGAGCUGUGCCCGCUCCGUGCCCGCUCCGUGCCCGCGGCGCUCAGGAUGCCCCGAGGUCACGGCUUCCCGGUGCUCCUUCUGGCAGCCGCUUUUGGAACCAGUGCUGUCACCCUGAGGAGGAGGGACAGCUUGCAUCCCUUGGAUUCAGGCUGGAGAGGGAAAGAUGGUUACUACCUGAAAGGUGACGGUGUCUAUUGCCAGAAGUGCCCUGCAGGCACCUACAUUGCAGAGGAGUGUAAAGAGCAGAACGGCUCUGGCAGGUGCGAGCCCUGUGCGUACGGGGAGUACAUGGAAUAUCCAAACGCCUUCCAGUGGUGCCGGGACUGCCUGAAGUGCAGGGAAGAUCAGGUGGAGCGGAGCCCCUGCCAGCCCGUCAGGAACACGGUGUGUGCCUGCAGGAACGGCACCUUCUGCCCCCCAGACCACCCCUGUGAGAUGUGCCAGAAGUGCCGGCCCAGGUGUCCUGAGGGUCAGGAGGUGCUGAAACCCUGCACACCUGACAGUGACCUGCAGUGCGGCCCUGCCACCAACACUGGCCCCCUCUACCUCUGGGUCAUCCUGGCGAUCGGACCUCCCAUCCUGCUUGUGAUUGUGUUCUGCCUCUGGAAACACCACUGCAGCUCCCCAGGGGAUGGGAGACCCUCGAGCAGGAGGCCCUAUGAAAUGGUGAGCUCCAUGUUUCGGAAGCUGUCGUGGUACAGGAGGGUGAACGUGGGGGCAGAGGACAACGCCGCCAACGAGCGCAUACGGAGCCAGCAGCGUCACACGGCCACAGAGACGCCGGAGAUGCCGAGUGGAAGCACCAAGAAGAGUCUGGUUCCAGCACCGGGGCACGACCCCAUCCUAGUGCUGCGGCGCUCCUUUUAUGUCUUCGCUAGAAAGGUCUCCAAGGACAACUGGAAGAAAUUUGGCCGCAGCCUGGACCUGGAGGAGAACGACGUCAUCAUGGCCACGUCAGAUGAUGGCUUCUAUGAGAUGCUCUACAAGUGGUUGAGUAGGGAAGGGUCCAAGUCCUCCGUGAACACGCUGCUGGAGACCCUGGAUCGGCUCCACCUCGGCGGGGUGGCAGAGGACAUCUCCUCCACGCUGGUCCAGGAUGGACUUUUUCAGUAUGAAACGAGCUGAAGGGAGCAGAACACACACUGCACCUCCCUCCUUCGAGCUACAGCCAUGAAAUACCUCCCAGAACACUUGAAUUUUAGCUGUUUGUAGCCCUCACGUGGCUUUUCUUGUUUUGAAGCCAUCAGAGUUCAGCUGGACCAGGAGGAGCUGAUCCUCAGUGAAGUACGAUCCUCAGGUUCCUCUCUGCUGGAGUUACAGUUCAGUGUUGGUGCUUCCUCGUGAAAUCCAAGCUGGUUUUUUGAUUUCACUGGGUCAAUGCAGAAUUUCAAACCAUUUCCAUCUGCCUCUGGGACCAUCUCACUCGGAAGUGCUGGUACUACCUGGACAUCCUCAGGAUCAGUGCAGAGAAGAGCUUUUGCAGGGGUUUUUCCGCCCUGUGCUUUUUAACUUAACUGCAUCAUCCUUGUUUCUCUAAGGAUUCCUGGCAUCAUGAAAUGGCUUCUGCUUCUAGAACAUCUCUGUGUAAGCUUCAUUCUCCAUGCUUGGUGGUUCUGCAGGCUCAGCUGGAGCCUUGGGUUACUUUCUGUUGACAAAAUUGUGUUUUACGUGGUUCUGCUUGCUCUUAGGAACCAGUCUGAAACUGGACUUGGAGGGGAGAGUGGGAAUGAUUGACUUGCACUAUGAUCACUGGGGAAAGGGACAGUGCAGGGGUCACCCAGCCCAGUCCCCUGGCAGGAGCAGGGACAUCUUCCACUCCACCAGGUUGCUCCAAGCCCCGUCCAGCCUGACCUUGAAUGUUUGCCAGGAUGGGGCAGCUUAUCUGGGCAGCCUUUCUGACGGUGUUUACCCAUCCUCAUUGUGAAACAAUUCUUCCUGAUGUCUAAUUGAGGCCAUUCCUCUAUCCUGGCACUCUAGGCCCUUGUCCAGGGUCCCUCCCCUGCUCUCCUGGAGGCCCUUUAGGCCCUGGAAGGGGUGGUGUCCCAGAGCCUUCCCCAGGCUGGACAAUCCCAGCUCUCCCAGGCUCCAGAGAGGCUCUAACACCUCCACAUCCUUGUGGAGAGUUGCAGGUGGGGUUUCACCAGAGCUGAGGAGAAGGGAGGAAUCCCCUGGUGGCUCUGCUGGUCCCAGAUGAGCCCUGGUGCUGUCCCUGUGUCCCCAGGCAGGGCGGAGGGGUGAAUGCACUGAGGUCCCAGUUACAUCGGGGGUACCCCUGCCCACCCCAGCUCCUCACAGAGCUCAGGGAGAGUCUGGCUGGAAAAACAGCUGGGGAAAAACUACUGCAUUACUUGAGCUGCCAGCCCAGUCCACCAGGACCUUCCCCAGUGUUGUGGGAGGGUGCUGAGCACCCCUCCUGCUGCCGCCCCCCUUCUCCCAAGACUAAGUCCACAAGCAGAAGUUUUGUACUUAUUUAUUUAGCAAUUGUAAAUGUUACAUAUUUUAACUUAAAAGCUAUAUAAAAAUAUCAUUUUU